CAGGUCAGGUGAAACGUUAGAGGGUGGAAAGCUGCUGCCGAGCUCAGACUGACUUUAUCCUCAGGCUGUUUAUUAAGGAGUCAGGUGUUUUUUUUUGUUUUUUGUUUUUUUUUAAGCUUAAAAACACUUAGAAUAACUUUAAAUGUACCUCAGGCUUGAAGAACUGAAACCUUAGGUUAAAAAUGUUUUAUAGGUUUAUUAAGCCUCUCCACACAUACUCGGGGCGACUUUUUUAUGAGUGCGCCUCCUUGGUGGUGAGAAAGCGGUCUACAGGCCCAUGCAGAGAGAGAGACAGAGGGAGGAGGAAGAGAAAGAAUCGAGUCACUGUGGUCGUGAACAGGAAAGACGUCGUCGCAUCUUGGCUGACUUCAUCUGUCCACAGGUGAGGGAUCGUCAGUUACUCCACUACUUCCACAAGAAAGCCUUAGGACAGAGAUUUGACAUUAAAAAGUACAACGAGCUCAGAGACGAGCUAGCCAAGGUGGACGCUGAUCUGAGGAGGCUGAGGAACGCUAUCAAGCUGCUGCCAGUGGAUCAGAUCCAGCCUCAAAGAGCCAGUGUUUAACAGUUAACAUUUCUAACUGGAAACUGGAAUUUCUGGGUGGUGACUGCUCCAGAUUCUGUUUUUCUUUUUUUUCUUUGUUUUUCUAGAUUGUAUGCUAUAGUCACACUGGGGAAAACACUGGCACAAUUAAAACUGUUGUGACUACGUGCAAUGAUUUUGCAAACUCGUUGCUAGUUGAAGACAGGUACCAGGUCUGUGACCACUCACAGUCAGCUGCCGUCUUGAAAGCUACUUCAAAACAACAAAAUAUAAGAAAACAAACAAACAAAAAUAGAGUCAGCAUGGUUUCUCCAUCAGUUUACACUUGUAUGGGAUCAAGUGGGCAAUUCCAUUCCAUCUUUGAUAAAACAUCAAGCAACUAUGGUAAACUGAUGACAAUCGCAAAUCUGUUGUCGUCUGUAAAAAUAGAAAUUCACAUCAGGUACUUGCAUUCAGAGUCCAGGCAGAACCUCAUAAAUCUGAAAGAGAGAUUUGGAAAUCCUCCACAAAUAGUAACAUAGUUGUUGCAGGAUCGCGAUUUAACUGCCAAAUGACACAAUCACUCAGCAACCUUGCUUAAAUAUAGGAAUAUAACCAGGACACAAACACGAGUCAAGUGGCCUGUUGCAAUGACGUACGACACAGACAACUGAAGUAGAUGCAGUGAGUCUAAGUCAGACUGCAAUUGGUUGGAGACCAGUUGCCUCUCACCAGGCACUUGCCUCUCACUUUGCCAUGAACACCUGCAGCCUCAUGGGUUAACAGCUGGUCACUGCAAUGAUUUGCAAUUUGUUAUCUAAUGUUAAAAGUUUUCAAUAAAAUCACUGGGGACCCAACAUUGUUUCUAAUUCUCAAAGAGAUUGCCAGCCUGCGCUCUAGGGUGACAUUAGGCAACCAGAUGGAUUUCUGUUUCACUACAGCACUUUUACACUAAAGUUUUAUUUCACUUGAAACAUGUAAAUGAAUAAACAAAUUAAAUAAUUUCAAACUGACUCAACUCAACUGCUUCGUCUAGUUUAAUGAGAUGCUAGUCAUUGUUUACAGAGUUAAAUGUAACUUUUAAAAUACUUGAUGACCCUUGGUUGUGUUUUUGACUUUCAGGGAGCAGUCCUGAAGCUUUGCACAUUUCUGUAGCUGCUGAUUCUUUAAUGUCUGUUUUGCUAGUAAGGACAAUAAAAACACUAUUUCUUUUUUCAGUUAUGUAAGAUUUACAUCACAAUUAGCAUUGUUUUGUAUUUUACUUUCGUGUUGUAACAGGUAAAAAAAAACAUUCGGCUUCAUCACCAGUGUGUACAAACACAUGUAAAAACUUUGAAAAAGCAAACUCAGAGUGAAGAGAAACUAAGUCAGGAGGAGGGAAAUGCUUCACUGGCAGAGUCCUCUUAAAGUACCAAAGAAUAUAUAGCUCAUGUAAUGGUGAAAGGGAUGUUUCAGUCACGACUCAUGUCAGAUCUUUAGCAUUAGUUAAUCUUCUAAGUGUUUAUCAGUCAUUAUAGCCGUUACUUCAGCAGUCUGAUUUCCUACAAACUAUAUUCAGAAAUUGAAAUAAUUAUUGAAUAAUUAAAUAAUCAGCCCACUGAAACCUGGAACUAAAAAAAUCUACAACUCAUUCAUGAACUAUAAAACUGACUCUAAUACGCUAUAUCUUCAAAUGAGCUUCAGUCUGCAGAAAGGCCCUAGGUAGGCUUCCCAUUUUCCUGCUAACUUUUUGUCAUUUUUGUUGACCCAAUAGCAGAAGAAAUCUAAUGCAAGAGAAACAUUCAAUCUGACAACAAAGACCAUAAGAUAUGCGUAUAUGCUGAUGAUGUAUUACAGGGGUGGCCAACCCGCGGCUCUCUAGCCGCAUGCGGCUCUUUGCCUGGUUUCAUGCGGCUCUUACGUUCAUAUCAAAGUUUGUGUUUGUGUUUUGGGUAUUUUUUGUGUUGUUGUAUUAAAAUGUGCGCGUUCGCUUCGCUUGAGUUCAAUACGGUAUUUUCAUCAAAUGCGCAUGUGUGUGAGAUGAAAAUACCGCAAAGUUCCCAGUAGGAGCAAGUUCGCCCUUAAAAUGGCAGGGAAAAAAUGCACAGCAAAAAGAAAAUAUGAAGAUGAACACAGGACGUUUUUAACAGAGUGGGAGAGUUUAUAUUUUUUUGUUAAACGCAAUGGCAAGCCAUUCUGCCUUAUAUGCCAGACAUCAUUAGCGCAUUUCAAAGCUUCAAAUCUUCAGCACCACUUCAGCUCACUCCAUGCUAACAUCGACCAGGAAUUUCCAAAAGGGACUGAACUUCGCAAGCACGAGUUGGCCACUUUGAAAAGUCAGGCAGAAAAGCAGAUACAGUUUUUCCAAAAAUUUACGAAGCGGUCAGAGACCAUAACGCUCGCAUCCUAUCAGCUGGCUUGGAACAUUGCACGGGCUAAAAAGCCAUACAAUGAAGGGGAGUUUGUUAAAAAAUGCCUCAGUGAUGUUGUUGAAAUCUUGUCUCCUGAAAACAACAAAUUAAAACGCAUGGUAUCAGACGUCCAACUGUCCCACCACACUGUUGAACACAGAAUAUCGUACAUUAACACGGCUAUUGAAUCACAGUUGCACUCUGACCUUCAAGCAUGUGAGUAUUUUAGUGUCGCAUUGGAUGAGAGUUGUGAUAUACAAGACAAGCCUCAGUUGGCAAUAUUUGCACGGUCUGUGUCAAACGAUUGUGUGAUCAAAGAAGAACUCCUGGAUAUUGUGCCAUUAAAAGACAGAACCCGUGGCAUAGAAACCAUGAUGGCUGCAUUUGAAAAAGCAAAUCUGCCCAUAACGAAAUUAACUGCAAUAGCCACGGAUGGAGCACCAGCCAUGAUGGGAUCUGUGAACGGGCUUGUGGGGCUGUGCAAAGCUGACCAAACUAUUCCUGACUUUUGGAAUUUCCACUGCAUCAUCCACAUGGAGCAACUCGUGUCUAAAUCAUUGAAUUUAGAUAACGUCAUGAAGCCUGUGAUGGAAAUCGUCAACUAUAUCCGCACACAUGCGCUUAACCACAGGCAAUUUAAGAAUCUCAUCGCUGAGCUGGACCAAGGGCUUCCAGGUGACCUGCCGCUGCACUGCACUGUGAGGUGGCUGGCAAAAGGCCAGGUACUCUCUCGCUUCUUUGAGCUUUUGGAUGCCGUGAAACUGUUUAUGGAAGAGAAGGACAAGGACUAUCCCGAGCUCUCGGACCUCAAGUGAAUUAUGGAUCUGGCCUUUUUGGUCGACAUGCUGUGUCACUUGGACAGAUUGAACCUGACCCUGCAGGGUAAGUUAAAAAUGCUGCCUGACCUGGUGCAAAGUGCGUUUGCGUUUGUCAACAAACUGAAGCUGUUCAAGACACAUAUUCAAAAGGGAGAUUUAACGCAUUUUCCCACUCUGCUAAAAGCCAGCGGGCAAGUCGCCAGCGCCGCCCCGAGUAAGCAAAGAGCCAGAUAUGCAACGCUGAUUGAAAACUUGCACGAAAGCUUUGUGACCCGGUUCCAUGAUCUACAAUUGAAAAGGCCACAGAUUACGUUCCUCGUCGACCCAUUUAAUGCAGAGACCGGCUGUUUAAAAGUCCCGCUAGUCACAGAUGAAGCUGCGGCUGAGUUGGAGAUGAUCGAUCUUUGUGAGGAGGACCAAUUGAAACCUGCUUUAAGGGAAGGGACCAUUGAUUUCUGGAAAAGUGUGCCAAUGGAAAAAUACCCCAAUGUCAAACGGGCUGCGCUUAAGAUACUGUCAAUGUUUGGGUCAAUAUACGUCUGUGAGUCUGUUUUCUACCCUAAAACAUGUGAAAUCAAAGCAUCGAUCUGUUCUGACUGACACUCACGUGAAAGAAUUGCUUCAAGUGGCAGCAACAGAAUACAAGCCAGAUUUGAAGAGGAUUGUUCAAGGCAAGGAAUGCCAGAAGUCCCACUAAACAACAUGCAUUGUAAAAGUAAAUGCUGUUGUAGAUUAUUAUAUUUUUGUUUGUGGACUUGGUUGAACUGAGAGUUUGUGUGUGAGACAGUGAACACAAUGUUCAUUGUUGAAAAUGACUGGCCUGUGGUUUUAGUACUGUAGGAGUCCAUUUCUGUCAUUAUCAUGUUGGUGUGUGACAUUUACAAUAAAUCUGGCUGAGCAGAGAUGUGUGUAUUUGUGCGUGUGUGUGUGAGAGAGAGAGGGAGGAAAGGAUGGGUGAUGUUCAUGUGUGCCCAUGCGUAUGAUGUGGCUCUUUGCGGUAACACAGUAAAAAAAAGUGGCUCUUGGUCUCUGACUGGUUGGCCACCCCUGACCUAGAGCUAGCGUUCUAUGAAAAAAUGAUCCGCUUUAUAUUAGCUCCUGUAUUAAGCAUCACAAUUGCUUUAAAAGCCUUAGCAAAAGCAGCUCCUUGGCAGUUUGGUGGGAAUUUAAAAAAAUAUCUUUUAAGUCUUCACUUAUCCUAUGUAAACUAACACCCAUUUGGAACAAUCCAGAUAUGCAUCAGAAAAAGAAAAUGCUGAAUUGUAUUACAAAAGGAUUAACAGAAAAUCUACAACAUGUUAUCCAGAGUUUGGUGGUGCUUGGUGGUGCAAGGGCACAUGGCUGGAUGUUUGGACAUGUUUUCUGGAGGUUGUGAUCGAAGCUGGCAGGGGUUCUACCAGGUGCUUUGCCAGGUGAUGUUCUCAGGUGCCUUGGGCCCUGUGCUCGACUUGUGCUGGAGUGACUGUCUUUUGGCAGGAUUUGGCUGCCCACUGAUUCCACUUGUCUUUGACUCUUGCCCUUUGGCUAUGGGCACUCCAUCUGUGGAGUCCCUCUUACUUCAUGACAAAUGCACAUACACAGACACUCAAACAGCACAAGCAACACAGGUAGAUCAGAUAUCUGUUUGUGGGUCUGUUUCAGUUCUUCUCUGUCUGUGCUGUUUGUUUUUUUGACUGUGUUCAUUCCGCUCUAUUCCCUUUUUCAUCCUUCCACAUUUUUUCCCAUUUAAGAACAAGAUGCUAUUAAAGCAAUCAGACAUUCCAGAAAUUUAGAUAAACCUCAGCAAGUGUGUGUUGAGGCUUAAAUUUAGUUUAGAGAUGUUUAAAAGUAAAAAGUAAGUCUCAUUAGUAUGUUCACAAGCAGAUUUUAUUGGUGCUUUACUGGAUACAAGGUGGUAUUAUACCAGUACAAACAAUAAAUCCAAGCAGUGACAUCAAACAAUGAAAGCAGCUUUUAUCAUCUUUCAUUUCAGUUUUAGCCAAAAUAAAAUGGCACAACUAUAUUGAAAUGUGCUGUGAGUUUGCCAUAUUAUGAGUUGAAUUUGGUGACUGCAGGCCAACCUGUGUGAA